AUGGCUACAGGUGGAAAUGUUGACUCACAACAAUACACACGUGUAUCGGAUAUUCUUAAAGAACCACAAAAGAUGCUCAUGCCAAUUCGAGGGUACGAAGAAAUGCCAAUAGUAUCAUUGGAAGAAGCUGUUACACCACUUGUUUCGAUUUUACCUGAAAUUCAGGAUUAUGCUUAUGUUGCGAAACAACGAUGUGAAUCCGUACCUCCUGAUGGUUUAACACAGGAUGAAUCGGCUUCAAUCAUGCUUUACUCAAUGGAAUGGAAACCACAUGAAAAAUGUUUAUAUUUUGCCCUCAAUGCAACUCUUCGCACUGAAGAUAGGCGAAAAUUAGAACGAUGGUUUUCGUAUUUAAAACUUAUUCUUACGGCACUCGAAAAACUACCAUCCACGCGACGCAAUGUGUUUCGUGGGGUGAAUUUAGAUCUAACUAAUCAAUAUACUCAAGGAAAAACAUUUGUCUGGUGGGGAUUUUCUUCAUGCACAACAUCGAUAGAAGUACUCGAAAACGAACAAUUUCUAGACAAAACUGGCCAAAGAACAUUGUUUACUAUCGAAUGUGAUAGUGGCAAAGAUAUCAGUUGUCAUUCGUAUUAUCAGUCAGAAAAAGAAGUUCUUCUUCUGGCUGCUCGACAGUUUAUUGUAGUAGGCUAUCUUCGACCAGCACCAGGUCUUCAUAUGAUUCAAUUAAAAGAAACAAAGCCUCCAAUUACUCUUUUACAACCUGUUACAAAUCAAUCUGUACAGAUUAAACCAACACCGGAUUCUUAUCAAUCAAAUCAUUCUACAAUUAUUACAGCGACUAUACCAAAGAAUCCAAUAACAACUCAAUCUCAAAUAAAACAAAAACAAAUUCAAACAAAAAAGAAUAAAUAUCAACAAUUUGGAAUUACUGUUGCUGGAGGAAAUGGCCUAGGACAUGAAUUAAAUCAACUCAAUAGUCCUAAAGGGAUGUUUAUUGAUAACGAUAAAUCAAUUCAUAUUGUUGAUUCUGAGAAUAAUCGUAUUGUUAAAUGGAAAGUGAAUUCAAAUACUGGUCAAAUCAUUGCAGAUGGAAAUAGACAAGGAAAUCAAAAUAAUCAAUUGGAUUCUCCAGAAGAUAUAAAUUUUAAUGAAAAAAAUAAUUCUUUUAUUAUUUCAGAUUGGGGAAACCACCGAGUAAUUCGAUAUUUUGAUCAAAUCCAAACAAAUAAACAAAUUAUUAUUUCAGAUAUUCAUUCUUUUGGUCUUACAAUCGAUAAAAAUGGAUUUAUUUAUGUUUCUGAUUGGAAGAAUAAUGAAGUAAGACGAUGGAAACAAGGACAUGAAAAAGGUGAAUUGGUUGCAGGUGGAAAUGGUAAAGGAGAUCAUCUUAAUCAACUCGAUUCUCCUACUUAUAUUUUUAUUGAUGAAGAUUAUUCUCUUUAUAUAUCAGAUCGUGACAAUUAUCGUGUAAUGAAAUGGAAAAAAGAUGCAAAAGAAGGAAUUAUUGUUGCUGGUGGAAAUGGUUAUGGAAAUAGUCUCAAACAAUUGUCUCAACCUCAAGGAGUGAUUGUUGAUGAUUUGGGUCAAAUCUAUGUGGCAGAUUGGGGGAAUGAUCGAGUAAUGCGUUGGUGUGAAGAAGAUAAAGAAGGUGAAAUUAUUGUAGGUAAAAAUGGAAGAGGAAAUCAAUCAAAUCAAUUGCAUUAUCCCGCAGGUUUAUCAUUUGACAAUGAAGAAAAUCUUUAUGUUGCUGAUUGUUACAACCAUCGAAUCCAAAAAUUUGAAAAACUUUGA